AUAAAAAUAAUGAAAUAUCUGUAUGUCCAUUACAAGUAUGAAACUCAAUGUGUCGUAUUCAUAUGAGCACUAUGAAUUGCUGAAAAACCCCAAGCACCUGUUCUAUUUUCCCAAAACAAAACUGACGUCACGCAAACAAAUGGCAGCCAGCAGUAGCACAGGAAGCAGUAUAGCACCCAAUAUUUUUCAACUUUCAUCCUCUUUUGAAGACACAGAAGGUGGGAUCAGUGUUGCAGUUGAAAGAUGUCCUCUAUGUAGAAAUUCAAGACGCCCAUUUACUUGUCAACGCUGUCUGAGAGACGGGAACUUUGCACAUUCCAAAUGCGAAAAUCCAGAUAAUCGUGAUAAGUUUUCAGUGAAGUUAAGAAAAUGGCAUGCGCUGAAGAAGGAACGAUCAAAAGUUCUUGCAAGGGUAGAAUCAGCUGUGCAAAAGCAUCUUGACAUCGAUGCUAAGAAAACUGAGAUACAACUCUACACCAAAAAGCUGAAUUUACUGCAGAAAGCUAUUGAAGAAGUCAAAAGCAAAGAAGCAAGAGAUCAAGACAACUUAAAAGCCAUCAAAAAGAACAAUGCUUAUAAAAACUCUAAAGUUAAGAAGCAACAAGAAAAACUCAAAAGAAUACUUAAAUACAUGGAAGAUGGCCAAAAUAAAAUGGAGACAAGAGAGGGUUUUUUAAUAGAGAGUGAAGAUGAAUUGAGUAAAAUAAGAAGACAGAGGAUUGACGAACUUGGAACUUUCAUCUUCUCCAUCAAGGAGAUAGAACCAAAAAGCAGUGAGGUAGACAGUAUGCAGUUGAGUACAGUGAGUGCACUAGCAGAGGCCAGGAGGACGGCUUAUGUACGAGGGAAGUGGAUAUACACUGACAAUGGAGGGGAGUUACAGUAUCAGGUGGUGGAUCCUAAAUUGCCUGGCCAUGGAGACUACUCGGCAUACUGUGCGUGGAUUUCUCAAGCUGAUAAGAAGCACAGUGCUGAGGGAGAGCUAGGUCAUCUUAACCCAGCCUAUACUCUGUGUGCUGCCCUGGGUUAUACCACACAGAUUACACAGGUGCUGGCCUUUAUACUGGAUGUGAACCUGCCUAAAAGACUCUGUUAUAGUGAAUUCUUUGGCUGUGAUUUAACAGAGAAGCAGUUCAAUAGUGCUGUGAACAGACUGAACCACCAGGUGCUCCAUCUUUGUUUCACACAGAACGUUUCUCCAGAGAAACUGCACCCUAGGCAAACCAUACACAACAUGCUGCUGCUACUGAAAUCUGCUCAUUUAGGGAGAAGUGGCAUGUUUCAAGUGAGCCCUGAUCUCAUGCAGUCCAUAGAAGAGGAAUGUAGUCAGUCGGACAGUGAAGAAGAAGAGGAAGACAACUCCAAUAUUCUCCCAGGAUUUACACUCCAGGACAUCCCAGAAGACUGGGAGGCCGUACCUACUUGUAUUCCAGAAAUUCCUGUCCCUUUCCGAGAUUCUGACACCAAGAUGACUCAGGCACAGAGUCGGACUCGGGAAGCAGGGACUGCCUCGACAUUGACCACCAGCGCAGUGACUGGCAGCCUAAUGUCUGCUGCUGCUUCUCUCUCAUCUUUCUGGCCAUGGAGGACUGCAGAUACAAGUAGAUAUGAAAGUAAAGAUGGAAAAUGAAGGGCCUGUUACUAGAAAGGCUAGCAGUUUUUUUUCUGUAGCUUUUGCCAUUUUAUUGGUCAUAGAAGAGUGCAAGUAUGAAUAAAUAUUAAAAUAAACAUGGGAAUAGAAACAGUGCUCAUACAUUGAAUUCCAGUACAAGAAAUGCACUGUCUCAGCAACUGAUGUCUGAGAGACAAAACUAAAGCCAGCAAGCAAAAUGUUGCACCCAUUUCCAUUAUGUAAGGUUUUUUAAAAAUUUCAGUUAGAAAACUGAAGCAAUUAACUCACACAUGUGCAACAUUAAGAUACUGGCAGUUUAUUUUAUCAGUUUAAAACUUGUGAUAAAAGAGAAUGCCUGCUCCAAGUCAGUGGGUUUUAAAAUCUUAAAACGGUAAUUUGCCAAUUUUUAUUGUGUCAAAUUAAUGAAUAAUAACAGUUCAAGUGAUCGAUUUGAAGUAGUCUUAAAAUAAUAACAUACAUUAUAUGUCAAUAACAUAAUAGUCAGAGAUUGACUGAGGUUAAGUAUUUCGUUUGUAUUUUAGUAAAAAUACAAUCUAAACAUAUUCAUCAGAUAUCAAAUCAUGAAACUAAUUUAUUUGUUACAUAUUGUACAUUAUUUGCAUUUUAUCAUUCGUUAAAAUGAUUAAGUUGAAGCAGAAGAAAAUGACAUGACCACCACACAAUGACCUUGCAUUGUAUUUUCACUUAAAUCACAUCGAAUUGAUUAUGUAUACAUAUGUUAGUACCCAUUAAAACAUGGUAAUGACAAAGUAGUUGAAAAGAUCACAUUUAUCCCAGUUGAAUUAACACUUAUAUUUUAUUCAUUGUGAUUGUCUUUUUAUCCCAGUUUGGUCAUUUCAUAUGAUUGUGAAGUAUCUUGAUUCUUUUUAAAAGUAAUUUGUUAUAUGCAUAUUCCAAUGAGCUUUGGUUUAAGACUGACAUAAGGAGGUCAUUUGGUCUCCAGGCGCUAAUACCUCCCCCCCAUUUUAUUCAAAGAGUAAAAAAUAAAACUUGUCUAAUUGAUCACAUCUUGAAGUUUGAUUUUGUUAAUUUUUAAAAUAAGAUAUGGACCAACUAUUUAUUGGCUUCCAUGGUGACUAUGAAAGCACAUGCAAGUAUUCUUUGCAAUAAAAACAAACAAAAAAUUCUGCAAUUAUUUAUUCAUAAUAUCAGACCUUUUCACUAACAAGUACUGACUACUUCUAACAGUCAAAGAGUGCAAAGGAUACACAGAGUAACCAAAUCACACUUUAAUACCAAAUCAAAAUUUUAACAAAAGGGAUUUAAGUAUUUUUC